UGUAUGAGACCAGGCCAUAGGAACCCCACUGAAUUCCCCACAGAACAAUCCAUCACCGGAGCAGAGGCCUGACCAAAAGUCAUAGUUAACUUGUUUUCUCCUUUUUGGAAAGGAAGAGGAGUGCCUCUACAUGUGACAUCACAAGAAAUUUGAAACCGUCAUUUUCAGCAGCCCUCCCUACUCUCUGCUUGCUCCCACAUUUGCUCCCCUCUCCCCAACCUCUCCCUGAGUCGCUCUGGGCUUCUCUCCGGGGCUCCACAAACACGGGCGAGGGUUUUACUAAUCCUCUCAGCCCAAAACGACACCUCUGAUCCCAGGACUUCACCACACAGUUCCCCCCCUCUGCUUCAGAGAGUCAGCUGGGCCUGCUUCUGGAGGUACCGAUUUCACCUUUCAACACCUUUUCAUUCUUUUGAGAAAAAAAUCCCAUCUAUCUGACGGAAUAAGUCAGCCUAUGUCUCUGUCAUAAGUAUGGAACUGCAGAAGCUAUCAAAUGGCAAUCACCACCAUGACGCUGCUGUGCCCGUGGAGGGAGGAAUCCCACCAGAGGAAGAAAAGUUCCUGCAGCAGAGCGAUGGAUCAAAGAGACCUCAGUUCACAGAUUUUGAGGGUAAAACCUCCAUUGGGAUGUCUGUCUUCAACCUGAGCAAUGCCAUCAUGGGCAGCGGCAUUCUGGGUCUGUCAUACGCCAUGUCCAACACCGGCAUCGUCUUUUUCCUGAUCCUGCUGACAUGUAUCGCCUGUCUGUCCUGUUACUCCGUCCAUCUGCUGCUACGCAGUGCUGGAGUUGUGGGUAUUCGGGCCUACGAGCAGCUGGGCCUGAGAGCUUUUGGUCACCCAGGGAAGAUUAUAGCAGCUGUCAUCAUCACGCUACAUAACAUAGGAGCCAUGUCCAGCUACCUGUUCAUAGUCAAAUCUGAGUUGCCGCUGGUCAUCCAAGCCUUUCUUGGCCUGACAUCAAGCUCUGGCGACUGGUUCAUGAAUGGAAACUACCUCAUCAUCAUCGUCACUGUCGGCAUCAUCUUCCCACUGGCCCUGAUGAAACACCUGGGGUAUCUUGGUUAUACCAGUGGCUUCUCUCUCUCCUGCAUGGUCUUCUUCCUCUCUGCGGUCAUCUACAAGAGAUUCAACAUUGCUUGCCCUCUGGAAGUGUUUGGCAACUACUCUGUGAGCACAGCCGUCCCAGAGGACACGUGCACCGCCAAAUUCUUCACCAUCAAUCAAGAGACGGCGUACACCAUCCCCAUCCUGGCAUUUGCUUUUGUAUGUCACCCUGAAGUGCUUCCCAUCUACACUGAACUGAGCAACCCAACCAAGAGAAGAAUGCAGAAUAUUGGCAAUGUUUCCAUCCUGGGCAUGUUCGUCAUGUACUUCCUCACUGCCACAUUCGGCUAUCUGACCUUCUACGAGAACACUGAAGCAGAGCUCCUCCAUACCUACAGUAAGGUGGACCCCCUGGACACUCUGAUCCUGUGUGUUCGGCUGGCCGUCCUGGUGGCCGUCACUCUGACUGUACCCGUGGUCUUGUUUCCUAUCCGUCGUGCCCUCCUGCAGCUGCUGUUUCCAGGGAAGCCCUUCAACUGGCUCCGUCACAUCGCCAUCGCCGUGUGUCUGCUCUCCGUUGUCAACCUGCUGGUCAUCCUUGUUCCUAACAUUCGAGACAUCUUUGGCAUAACUGGGGCAACCACUGCUCCCUGUCUGAUCUUCAUCCUUCCUGGACUCUUCUACAUUCGCAUCAUCCCCACCGACCAGGAGCCCAUUAACUCCAGACCAAAGAUCCAGGCUGCGGUUUUCACAGCACUGGGCUUCGUAUUCAUGACCAUGAGCCUCACAUUCAUCGGGAUUGACUGGAUGAGUGGAGAAAAGCGGAAUCUCGGAGGCCAUUAAAGUAAAACCCCCGAAGCCCUAUACAGCGACAGCAGCCCACUGCUGCACCCCUCCUCCAGUCCUCCGGAUGGGAAGCAAGAUUCAACCUACUGCUAGAAGGCUCUGGGCUUUAGUUGGACUGUUUUUAUAAAUCAUAAGGACAAUCCAUUCCUCCAGAGCGACGAGGAGCCCAGUCUUGUCCGUCACCCACCCUGGUUGAUAUAUAUAUACAGUAACCACCAGGAUCCAUCACAGGUGGUGUUCCUCUGUUCUACAUGAAGAGCUGACGAACAUGUUGACCGCGGAAGCCCCUCAACCACUAAAAGCAAUUUGCCUAAACAGAGGCUAAAUGUGGUGUAGAAUAACAGCAAUAUUAAAAACAUGUUUAAUUGUCAGCCAAGUUUGAUAGAGAACACUUAUUUGGUCUGUGCUUGAUGAAAAUGCUGUUCCCAUUGUGGUGGUUAACAUAGUAGUCCAGUUAUUUCUGCUCAUCUGCGAGUGUGAGGUAACUGAGCAAACUUACUUCAAUUGUGUACUGUGAUUCAGCAGAGCAGCACUAUUUGGCAAACUGGAAAAAAUAAUUUUGGCUUCCAUCAGCCAAAGUCAGACAUGAAAUUUAUGCAACUGUGAACUAAUUAAUUUUGUGAUUCAUUUGUGAAUUUAUUCUGGAUAGCAUGGAUAUUGUUAAAUAAAAACUCAAUAAACUUUCAA